AUGUCGCUUCGCGCUUCACGCACCCUCUACAACGAGGCCAAGAACUACGCCUCGCCCCACGCCUACACCUACGUCGAGGGAAAGACUCCCUUCUGGCGAAAAUUCCGCGAGAUCUUCUCGGCCAACCCAGAAAUCUCUUCGGGUAUCCCCUCGAUCGAGUCGAACCGAUGGCCGCAGCCUGCUUCUCGCCCCGAGCGCGCCGCCACUCCCCCCAGCGCCGCUUCUGAUCCCGCUGGCAACCUCUACCACAAUCGAGACUUCCGACGCAAGUACCCCAAGCUCGAGAUGAUCACGCAGAAGGACCUCACCACGCUUCUGCUCUCCUCUCCCAACGAGGAUGGCACCCGAAGCCUUCAGGCACCCGAAGACGCCUCCAACACCACCGCUCUCACGCGCCCUGCUGAUCUUGAGUCACCUACCGCAUUCACUGAUGUUCUCGCCCAAGUGCACAAGUCUUCGGAUGCUUCGUCUCCUGGCUUCUACUCGACUUCCAACUUGCCACCACGCCCUCCUUUCAAGCAGCCCCACCACAUCCUCAAGCUGCAGAAGGGCGCUGUUCCGCACGACCCUCAUGCCUACUACCCUGCUGAGAACUACGCUUAG